AUGCCACUAAGACAUGCACUUUGCAAAGUACAAUUUGGUCUGCAGAUUUCAGACAAUUGGCCAGGAUACAGCCUGGAUUUAUUCACUUAUCCUCAGCACUACUAUGGAGAUCUGGAAUAUGUGCUCAUACCUCACGGCAUUAUUGUUGACAGGACAGAACGAUUGGCCAAAGACAUUAUGCAAGACAUUGGAGACAAUGAUAUUGUGGUUCUCUGUGUCCUCAAAGGUGGCUACAAGUUCUGUGCUGACCUUGUGGAGCACAUUAAAAAUCUCAGCAGAAAUUCAGAAAGAUUCAUCUCCAUGAAAGUUGAUUUUGUUAGACUGAAAAGUUAUCACCUGUUUAAAUUCAACAAGUAAUUUCAGCUCAAAGUCAUGGGAUUUUUGAAUUUUCUUGUUCCAACUUCAGUACUGAAAG